AUGCGCGCAGCGCAGGAGCGCGGCGGCGGCGCGCGGGGCGCGCGGGCACCGCCCUGCCGCGCCCGCGCGCGCUGGCUGCCCGCGGCGCGCCUCGAUGCCGCCCUUCGCGCAGGCAACCCCACUCUGGUCAUGCUCAUGCUCAAGGAGCACAAGCACUUGGACCCCCCAACCAAGGUCCCGCGCAAGGUCACGGACAGCUCGGGCGCGGUCUUCUUCGUGUUCGUCGUGGCGGUGCUGCUCUUCGCGGCGGUCUACGCCGGGAGAUACGGGAACAGGAGGAUCUACGACCGCAAGGCGCGGCUAUCCGCCAGAGCGGCCCAUCGCCGGACGGAGCUGGCCUGGUGCCAGUGA